GCGCGAGGGGCGGGGCGCGCGACGCCGCACGCGCGGUGAGGGCAGAGAAGGCGGCGGCUCGCGCCUCCCGCGCCCACCGGAGCGGGGGCACCCGGCGGGGCGGGGCCGCGGCACGACUGCACCAAGAUGACACCAGCAACUCGACAAGAAGUUCUCGGCCUUUACCGCAGGGUUUUGCGAAUAGCCAAGAGCUGGCAGUCGGCAUCAGGACAGACAGAGGAAACCAUGAGAGAGAAGGAGUACAUCAGAAAUGAAGCCAGAACGUUAUUCCAGAAAAACAGAAACGUAACGGAUCCAAAGCUGAUUAAGCAGUGCAUAGAAGAAUGUGAGGCAAGAAUAGAAAUUGGACUUCACUAUAACAUCCCCUACCCAAGACCUAUCCAUCUGCCUCCUAUGGGCCUUGCCCACAAACAAGGCCGUACGUUGCGACACCAGGAAAAGUUAAGGAAGAUUUCUAAGCCAAUAUACCUGAAAUCCCAUGAUGAAGUUUCAUAAGCCACCCGUUUCAUUUAAGCUGUGAUGUGAAAUCACAUCCUUUGAACUGUGAACUGCAAUCCAGGUGAUUUGUGUGCACAACUGUGAAUAGUGUGGUCACUUGUUCACACAUUUCCUGAAGCCAGAAAGCAGAUGGAUCCAUUGUGUAUGAUGGAUCAGGUUGGUUUAGUAUUUAUUACAUUUCAACCACUGACUUGUCAAUAAAAGUAACACUUUUUAAGGA